AGUACCUGACCAUCCAUUCCAUGCCCCGCCCUGCCGCUCUCCUCUUCACUUACCUUCAAGACCACCAGUAUCGACUCCAAGACGACGCAGGGCAGCGCACGCAAUUGACCCAAUCACCCUCGCUGCAAUCUUGCCGGCUUCGGUAUCCCCGCUGCGUCAUUGGAGCGCGCAGUUCUGCUUGCCUCGGCCCAAGCUGCAGCCCCCGGACCGGGCGUCUACUCCACGCCAGACUCGCCCGACGACGAACACCACGCUGAGUUGAGUCAACACGUCGGACGCCCCAACCACGCUUCUUGUCCCCAUGCUGCACGCCACCCGACCUGAGCAUUAUCCACCGAGUCCAAUUGGCGAAUCCUGAGCCGCCAACAUGUCGUGGAAGAAGAGCGAGAAGCUGAUGGACACCAUCCGGCACUACGCAAGCUUCCCGGCAACGGGUGUGAGCUUGCGCCAGAUGGUGCAGUUCGGCGAAAGGCCAUCUACUGGCACACUGUUCCGCGCCUCACAGUUCCUAGCCGAGGAGCUUCCCAUACGACUCGCCCACCGCGUCCAAGAACUCGAAACCCUACCGGAUGGGCUCAACGAGAUGCCCUCAGUGAAGAAGGUGGCAGAUUGGUACGCGCAGUCGUUUGAGGAGAUCACCACUUUACCGAGGCCAGUUCUCGACAAGGACGUACGAGAGAGAUUGAUGCGGCCUGCAAAGAUACCCGGUAAAGGCACCUCGUGGCUGAGCGAGGCGACGCCGAACCCAAGCAUCGAGGAGGGCCAGUACAAUUCCUGGAACGGCACGAACAAUGGCUGGACCAAGGGCAGGCUUCCAGCAGCGAGAAGGUACUUCGCAAUGGUGGACGACACUGGCGACUGGCCACCCGAGCUACAACUGUACAAUCAAAAGUUCGCCAAGACGCUGCAUCGGAUCAAGAGGAGGCACGACGGCGUCGUCACAACGAUGGCGCAGGGCAUACUCGAGUACAAACGCAGACGACAACGGAUGCAGAUUGAUAACAACAUCCAGUCCUUCCUGGACCGCUUCUAUAUGUCACGAAUCGGCAUACGCAUGCUUAUAGGCCAGCACAUUGCCCUGACCGAUCAAAGCCAUUAUCGAGACCCGUCGUACGUCGGCAUCAUCUGUACCAAGACAUACGUUAAAGAUCUAGCACAAGAAGCCAUCGAGAACGCGCGAUUUGUAUGCGAGGACCACUACGGGCUGUUCGAAGCGCCCAAGAUCCAGCUCGUAUGCGACCCGAAUAUCAACUUCAUGUACGUGCCGGGACACUUGUCGCACAUGCUCUUUGAGACGCUCAAGAACUCGCUGCGUGCCGUCGUCGAGACACACGGCCAGGACAAGCAGGAGUUUCCUGUCACCAAAGUUAUCGUGGCCGAAGGGAAGGAGGACAUUACCAUCAAAAUCUCUGACGAGGGCGGCGGCAUUCCGCGCAGUGCCAUUCCGCUCGUUUGGACGUACAUGUACACCACAGUGGAAAGGACGCCCAACCUUGACCCAGACUUUGACAAGAGCGACUUCAAAGCUCCCAUGGCCGGGUUCGGCUACGGCUUGCCACUAUCACGGCUAUAUGCGAGGUAUUUUGGCGGCGACCUCAAGCUGAUCAGUAUGGAAGGCUACGGGACAGACGUAUACCUGCACCUGAACCGCCUGUCGAGCUCGGCAGAGCCUCUUCAAUAGCAAUCAGCAGUCAUGAGGGGUACUGGUACGUCACCCCGAGGAUUGACGCUGCCCAUGCGAUACAUUAUGCGCAAGCGCCUGAAGAGUCCAGCUCCGCUCGAAAUCACCGAGCGUAAGCAAGUCGGCGACGCCGAGGC